AUGCGGGACCCACAAAGGCACCAGCAGCAGGAGCGCGAGCAGCAGAAUCUACAGCAGCCACCAGAGCGCCACGAAUUCGAACUGUCUCAGCACUUAGAGACCCCUCGACGAAAUUCUAUGGAGGCUCCCAGCGAGGUUAUCCCUCCACAUGGGGAAACCCCUGGAGCCCACUCUGACCAGUGUCAGCUCAAUGCAGAGGCAUUGGCCCUCUUCGGACCCUCAACCCGCACACCUUCUCCACGGAGGCAGAGCACCAAUCUAAAAUCGGACUGGAGUAGCUCUCCUGAGCUCUCUGGAGCUACUCCGUCAACAUCCUCAAGAACAAGGCAUAUAGUAAACCGCGUAGUCAAAGCUACUGCCCCGCAAGAGCCCAAUCUGCGAACGCAAGAGACAGGCACUCAUGUUUUCCCUACACGGUCUUCCCGUAGGUACCCUAUGGUAUCACCGUGUGAAGGAGUCUGCCAGGAGCUUCAGCAGCGCCAACAACCGCUGCAGCUCCAGAGGGAGGGUCACCCGAGUCUAGACCCCGCUGCAGGCAGGGACGGCAGAAGUGACUCAGUCAAUCCAACAACAUCUGUGCCAGAGAUAAUUAUAUAUCCUCCAGACAGCUCCGUUGGGACUCCAGGUCUUGUCGUAUCAGAGCCCGUUGAGCACAGAAGUCUCGCUGCUCAGCACCCGCAGCAGCCCUGUGACGCAAAUUGCGACACAGCCCCUGCGCACCCUCCUGGCCCCACCGACGGGGCGAGCCCAGAAGCUCCCACAGAUGUCCCUGCAAGCCAUCUGGAAGGGCGCAGAAAAGCGCAAUGUCAACGGGCUUCCCGAGGGAUUUCAGCCCGGAGUCGUAGGGGUAGGAAGAGAAGGGACUGCUGCAUUAGGAGAGAGCCACCAGGUCGCGCAUGCCUUUCGGGGGAUGCUCACGAGUCCUCUAAACCUACCAGUGAAUCUGCGACUGCGGCGCUAGAGGCGCGGUUCGGUUGUGGGUGUAUGCCUUUCUGUGGCGGUCCUUCUAAACCCCUCCACGCAGCCCACAUUCUUGAGUUGUCUCCUCUGCUUCUGGCUAAGGUGCUUCAGUUGCUCUCACCUGGAUCUGUAACAGCGUUUGGCUCCACCUGCUGGGAGGCCCGUCGCGUCCUUUCCUCAUACUGCUGCAUCACGUCUCUUUCAGCAAGACACGUUUCUUCCCUCCUUGCGCAGCCGCCAGCCAUCCUAAAAAGGCUGCUUCCUUUUUUGUUAGGCCUGAAGACCCUGGAAAUAGAGCUUACUGCUGCAAUCUCUUCUCCACUCUUUCUAGGGGCCGCCGCUGCAGCAGCAUCAGCUACCGCUGCUGCUGCUGCAGGGAAUGUGCUGCGACCCACAGAUACCGUGUAUGACCAAGGAACCAUAAGUGGCAACAAUCUGAGUGACCAAGCACAUACUCCAAGAGGAACACGAGGAGAAAGAAGGCAGCAGCAACCGCAGCAACGGACUUCUGCUAGCAGCCAGCAGCACGAAGCAACGCAGCAAGAAGGAAGAAGAGGCAAUCAAAGAGAAUACUCCACUGAAGUUGCUCUCGAGGACCCCUCCCUGUCUCGUCUAUCUUGGGCGUACGGACUAGUACAGGGAAGGGCACUGGACUUGAUACGCCUGCAAGCACCCCUCUGUGACGCAGCAGUGGCUGCUGGAGACAUGCAGAAAACUGAAUCUUCACCAGAAUCGUUGCCCUUUCCCUGGACAACUCACACAGCAAUUCAUGCUUCUCCCUUCAUCAGUGCUCUUCGCCACUUGAAGUCUGUUUCCGCCAUACUCAAGCUCUCACCUACGGGAAAUCCCGGAGAAAUUCAAGCUGCGACAGAGCUGUUACUCCUGCUACAGAUGCUGUUGCACAGGAACGCCAGUUCUCUUGUUUCUAUAAAAAUCGCAGUCGAUCUGCCGCCCUCAUCAGUACGUGUGAAUAUGCAGUACUACGUUCGAGCUCUGCUCGAUCCACAGCAGUAUCGCGCUGCUAUAAUUAAGGACUUUUCUGGGCCAAUGCAUUGUGCGGUUUUAAAUGCUUAA